GGGCCAUGGCUGCCUCUCCUGGCCCUGCCGGCAGUGGCGGCGCCGGAACACUCCUCAGCCCCGGCCCGUCGGGCUUUGCAUUCGACUCGGGACUAGAGAUCAAAACUCGUUCGGUGGAGCAGACACUGCUCCCGCUGGUUUCUCAGAUCACCACACUUAUUAAUCAUAAAGAUAAUACCAAAAAGUCUGAUAAAACUCUGCAAGCAAUUCAGCGUGUGGGACAAGCCGUCAACUUGGCAGUUGGAAGAUUUGUUAAAGUAGGGGAGGCCAUAGCCAAUGAAAACUGGGAUCUGAAAGAAGAAAUAACUAUUGCCUGUAUCGAAGCUAAGCAAGCAGGAGAAACAAUUGCAGCACUUACAGACAUAACCAGCUUGAAUCAUCCAGACUCUGAUGGCCAGAUCACCAUUUUCACAGACAAAACAGGAGUUGUCAAGGCUGCACGGUUACUUCUUUCUUCAGUGACAAAAGUGCUAUUACUGGCUGACCGUGUAGUCAUCAAGCAGAUAAUAACAUCAAGUAAUAAGGUUCUUGCAACGAUGGAAAGACUAGAGAAAGUGAAUAGUUUUCAAGAGUUUGUCCAAAUAUUCAGUCAGUUUGGAAAUGAGAUGGUGGAGUUUGCACAUCUGACAGGAGAUAGACAAAAUGAUUUGAAAGAUGAAAAGAAAAAGGCAAAAAUGGCCGCAGCUCGGGCAGUUCUUGAAAAAUGUACAAUGAUGCUUCUUACAGCUUCAAAGACAUGCCUCAGGCAUCCUAACUGUGAAUCAGCCCAUAAAAACAAAGAAGGGGUAUUUGAUCGAAUGAAGGUGGCGUUGGACAAAGUCAUUGAAAUUGUUACCGACUGUAAACCAAGUGGAGAGGCUGAUGUUUCAUCUGUCACGAUAUUUACUGGAAUUAAAGAACUGAAGAUGAAUAUUGAAGCUCUUCGGGAGAAUCUUUAUUUUCAGUCCAAAGAGAAUCUUUCUGCGAUGUUGGACGUUGUCCUGGAGCAGACAGAGGCCUUUACUGAUUCUGCAUACACCAGCCCUAAGCACAGGGAACGCAUCCUGGAACUGUCAACUCAGGCGACACUGGAACUACAGCAGUUAACAUCUGUGUGGAUUCAAGCUCAAAGCAAGAAAACAAAGAGCAUUGCUGAAGAGCUGGAACUCAGUAUACUGAAGAUCACUCACAACCUCAAUGAACUUAAGAAGGAACUUCAUAGCACAGCAACACAGCUGGCAGCAGAUCUUCUGAAGCACCAUGCCGAUCAUGUGGUUUUAAAAGCAUUAAAACUCACUGGAGUAGAAGGGAAUUUAGAAGCUUUGGCUGAAUAUGCCUGUAAACUCUCUGAACAGAAACAGCAGCUCAUUGAGACCUGCCGAUUGUUGAGACAUAUCUCUGGGACAGAACCUCUGGAAAUAACUUGUAUACACGCAGAGGAGACAUUUCAAGUGACUGGCCAACAGAUAAUUUCUGCCGCUGAAACAUUGACAUUACACCCAUCUAGUAAAAUUGCUAAAGAAAACCUUGAUGUGUUUUGUGAAGCUUGGGAAUCACAAAUUAGCGACAUGUCAGUACUGCUCAGAGAAAUCAGUGAUGUGUUUGAAGGAAGACGAGGAGAGAAGUAUGGCUACCUUUCACUUCCAAAGCCAAUGAAGAAUAAUGUCAACCUGAAGUCAUUAAAGACAGACAAACCAGAUUCUGAGGAACAAGCCAAGAUAGCAAAGCUUGGACUUAAACUGGGUUUGCUCACUUCUGAUGCGGACUGUGAAAUUGAGAAAUGGGAAGAUCAGGAGAAUGAGAUUGUUCGAUAUGGACGGAACAUGUCCCGUAUAGCCUAUUCUCUCUAUUUAUUCACUAGAGGAGAAGGGCCACUGAAAACAUCCCAAGAUUUACUUCAUCAGCUGGAGGCUUUUGCCACAGAGGGCUUAAAACUUGCUUCAAGUGUGCAAGCUUUCUCAAAACAGUUGAAAGAUGACGACAAGCUUAUGCUUCUCCUGGAAAUAAAUAAGCUAAUUCCUCUAUGCCACCAGCUGCAAACAAUAACUAAGACCCCAUCGCCGAGUAAAGUGUUUCUAAAGGUUGACAAAUGUGUAACAAAGGCAAGAUCCAUGAUGGCCAUCUUGAUCCAGCUUCUCUCACUGUGCUAUAAACUGAAGAAGAAACUAAUUAACUCUUUCCAACUCCAGGUGGAAAGCAGAUGGGUCUCAGUUACUAAUAAAGACCCCAUGGAUGGCAGAAGUUGA